UAUAGAGGGAGAGAAUGUAAUCGUCAGUGGAGUCGUGAGGGUGCCUGACGAUAUCGUGAAAGAGAAAAUAUCCGUUCAGUUUCUACCGAAAAACGAAGAUGAUGAAGAAUGCAUGAAUGCUGCAGAUAUUUACAAGGAACUACGACUCCGUGGCUACCAGUAUAAUGGUCUAUUUCGUUCAUUAAAAAGCUCCUCAAUUAAUGGAAGUACAGGACAUAUCACGUGGGCAACAAAUUGGGUAGCGUUUAUGGACAAUAUGCUGCAAAUAAAACUCUUAUCGGUUGACUCGAGAAAUCUUUACGUACCGACUCAAAUUCGUAAAUUGGUAAUCGACCCUGCACAUCAUAUGACGCAGUUUCAUAACCUCUCUAUUGAAGAAAGAAAUGUACCCGUACGUGUCUAUGAUUCUUUCGACGCCAUUAUAUCCGGAGGAAUUGAAAUUUGUGGGCUGAAGUCCAUGGUCAUAUCCCGCCGAUCGACGAACGUCGAAUCUGUACACGAAGAAUACAAGUUCAUUGCUCACCGCGAUCAUAACACGAUCUCUUUGAAAGAUGCGGUGCAAAUAUCGAUACACAUCGCGCUUGAAUGUUACAAUUUGAGAAACGUCAAAGUGAUCGAGUUUGUCGAGGACGAUGACAAGAUUCUACUGGAGGAUCUAGUUAUUCCAAUUGUAGACAAAGUUCUGAGCAACUUGCCAUUAGUGCGAUCUAAUCUGACGUUGGCUGCGAUGGAGAACAGAUUCGACUGCUCUUUGUUACCACAAAAUCUAUCGGUCGUACAACCUAACAAACUGUUAAACGACGGUACGUUCCUAAUGGUUGUUGGAGUUGGAGUAUUAACGAAAGGUGCACACACAUUACUAUCUAAUAUAAUGGCUGGUGGCUUUCUGUUUACCCGAGAGGACCUCAAUGUCACAUAUGACAACGAGUUGCUCCAACAGUACAAUUUGAAUAUCAUUUUGGAGAAACGCACGGAACGGGAGUUGGUGUUGCUUCUGAGAAAGGCGCAAAGUGCAAUAAUAAAAAGAGAAAUCGUGCAUAUAAACAAUUACGAGUUUUCGUGGAUCGAAAAGCUCAAAUCUUCAUUGGACACGGACGACGAGACGAACUCACGAGUAACACUUGUUGUGGAAGAUGAUCCUGAGUGCGGUGUCAUAGGAUUUGUAAAUUGUUUGCGAAAGGAGCCAGGCGGCGACACAGUUAGAUGCGUCUUCAUUCAGGAUAAGAACGCGCCCAAGUUCUCCUUGCAAGAGCCUUUUUACAUGAAUCAGUUGCGACUGGACUUACCCAUUAAUGUCUUACGUCCCGGCAAAGUUUGGGGCUCUUACAGACACUUGUCAUUACCGCCGCCGGAACCCAUACCCGUGCAGUGCGGUUACGUUGCUCAAAGGAUCCGAGGUGAUAUGAGCACAAUCCGUUGGGUCGAAGGACGGACAUCUCCCAAACUCAACCGCGAAAAUAUGAUACAUAAAAUUUACGUGGCACUGAAUUUCAAAGAUAUUAUGAUAGCUACUGGUAAACUGGCGUUGGAAUCCUUUCAAAUGAUUGAACGAGAAAUCGAUUCUUUCUUAGGCUUUGAAUUUGUCGGAUAUGAUGGGUUUGGACAAAGAAUAAUGGCGAUAUGCUCCGAUAGAGGAAUAUCAAAUGUUGCAAUCCAGGACCGCGUGAUGUCUUGGGUUAUUCCCGAUGAAUGGACAUUCGAGGAUGCUGCUACAGUUCCGUGUGUUUAUGCUACAAGCUGCUACGCUCUCUACGAGAAAGGAAAAAUGAAGAGAGGAGACAAAGUUCUCAUUCAUUCGGGCACCGGCGGUAUUGGUCAAGCCGCGAUCCACCUCGCGCUGUACGAAAAGUGCGAAGUAUUCACAACAGUCGGAACUUUGAAGAAACGGCAAUUCAUUAGAGAAACUUUUCCUUCGAUCCUUGACGAUCAUAUCGGCAAUUCUCGUGACACAAGUUUCGAACAAAUGAUACUUGAGCAGACACGCGGUCGGGGAGUUGAUAUCGUAUUGAAUUCCUUAGCUGAGGAGAAGCUUCAGGCGUCUAUUCGCUGCUUGGCAAAAGGCGGUCGAUUCUUGGAAAUAGGAAAAUAUGACUUGAUCGCCGAUAAUACUUUAGAUAGAAUGAUUUUUACGAAAGGCAUCAGUUUUCAUGCGAUUAUGUUAGACAAUAUAAUAAGUUCCGUCUCAAAGAAUUACGGAAUUGUAUAUAAUUAUGUGUUACAAUGUCUAAAAAAUGGCUCGAUAAAACCUCUUCCAAGGAAAGUCUUUGAAAAGACCGAAGUAGAAGAUGCCUUCAGGUAUAUGGCAACUGCUGCUCUAUAUAUGAUCGCAAUGAAAUUCUGUUAUUAUCAUUCUUAUUUUCAGAUCCUGAUAAAGAUAUGCGAUGAAAACGAGCCAUUGAGUCUUCCUAUUCUCGCUUAUCCCCGAUUUUUCUGCAAGUCUCAUAUGUCUUACAUCAUUUUGGGCGGAUUAGGCGGCUUUGGUCUAGAAUUGGCCGACUGGCUGAUUCUUCGCGGAGCAAAGAAUCUUCUUCUCACUUCGCGGACAGGAUUGCGAAACGGUUACCAGCGCUCGAGGGUGGAAUUAUGGAAGUCCUAUGGGGUGAAUGUGCAGAUUAUCGCGAGCGCUGAAGCGUCUGAUCACAAAGACGGCGCGUCCAUCCUGAACACUGCCAUUGAAAUGGGACCGGUGGACGCUAUAUUCAAUCUUGCCGUAGUGCUGAAAGAUUCUCUCUACAAGAAUCAGACAACUGAGUCCUUCGAGGAAUCAUUUAAACCGAAAGCAAUGGCGACGAAAACAAUGGACGAGUUGUCCAGGAAAAUGUGCCCUGACCUCCGGUACUUUGUUGUCUUCUCAUCCGUUUCGUGCGGCCGAGGAAACUCCGGCCAAACUAAUUACGGUAUGGCCAAUUCCAUCAUGGAGAGAAUAUGCGAGAGAAGAGUACAAGACGGAUUACCUGGGAUGGCUAUACAGUGGGGCGCGGUGGGUGAUGUGGGUCUCGUGGCCGAUAUGCAAAAGGACAAUAAGGAACUGAUCAUCGGCGGUACUUUACAACAGAAAAUACAGUCCUGUCUGCAGUCGCUGGACACUUUCAUGGUUCUAAAUAAGCCGAUCGUGGGUAGUAUGGUUGUGGCAGAGAAGCGCGCGACAUUUGGUGGAGUGAUGGACAUUAUGGAAACUGUAGCUAGUAUCAUGGGAAUAAAAGAUGUGAAAGCGGUUGGACUUCGCACCCCCCUGUCAGAGAUGGGUAUGGAUUCAAUGAUGGCGGUAGAGAUCAAGCAAACGUUGGAGAAAGAAUUCGACGUUUAUCUUACCGCGCAGGACAUUAGAACUCUCACUUUAGAGAAACUCCACAAUAUGGCCGAUAAAGACAAGCGUUUUGAGCAGAUUGAGACACUCGAUUCAGAGGGUAUAAAAUUUUUAAUUCGUUUAAUCAAUAAUUUAGACAUAGUUCCAGAUGUUUGCUUGGAGACAACUACGAGAAAUAAAAUGGGCACAAAGCGGAUAUUUCUUCUACCAGGAAUCGAAGGUUGCGGGAGCGUAUUUAAUUUGUUGGCUUCGAAAAUCGAAGGUCCCGUGACAUGUUUGCAGCACGGAGCAAACAAUAUCCCCACGAGUGAAUCUGUAUUGCAGUCGGCUGCCAGUCUGUUACCUCAUAUAAUAUCAAAGAUGGAGGGUUCUGCGGAAUUCAUAAUAGUUGGGUAUUCAUACGGGUCGUUAAUCGCUAUCGAGUUGAUGAGAUUGUUGGAGGCGAGAAAUUUCACAGGACGGUUAAUAUUAAUUGAUGGCACACCGGAUUAUAUGAAAACUCUGAAAGAUCAAUAUUUUCCUUUCACGAAUCUUCAGGAAUUUCAGAAUAAUGUUCUCCUAGGCCUUAUAGAUCUCUUCUACUCUGUCGAUAAUACAUCGGUUCUAUUAGAAUUGUCUAAACACGACACGUGGGAAAAAAAAUGGGAUGCUGUCGUCAAAUGUCUUUCAGACGAUAUUGUGCAAGUAACUUCUCUUGAAAAUUACAAAAUUUAUUGUACAACGAUUUAUAAGCAUCUGAUCGCUAUUCACGAGUAUGAUGCUUCCUCAUUACCGCCACUGAAAUCGCCUAUACUAUUACUAAAACCUACAACGUCCAACCUGCCUUCUGCCGACGAAAAUAGCGACUUGAAAAAGGUGACUGAAGGUAACGUGCAAGUUCGUCGUGUCGAAGGUAAUCAUCUCACGAUGUUGGAAAAUGAUGAACUUGCUGAUAUUAUUAACGAAAUAUUAUCUUGAGAAGUUAAUCUUUAUAAUGUUACAAAAGUUCGUAAUUCUGUAAAUCGAAGGUAUCAAGGUGUGUGGAAAGGGAAGGAGAAUACGCAGAAUAUUUAUUAUAAACAAGGCAAUAAUAAAAUAUUAUGGUAAAAUACUCGAUUAUUUAUUCAUCGUGCAUGAUUAAUAAACAAGUAUAAAUAACUUUCGUCGCCAAUAUGGAGAAACGUUUAUAACUCUAAAAAAGGAUUGCUUACUUUUGUUUGAUAUUUAUUCUAAAUUC